AAAGUAGUCUUUCACAUCCGUUAACCUUGCCGAGAAAGGUUUCUACGAAGGCUCGGCAGACAAUGUCGUUUGCGAACACAGUUCGAGCCCCUUUAGGGACUGCAGUUUCAAGAUUGUCACACACAGUUACCAAAAGCAACACCAAGCCGAUCGCCAACUUAGGUAGAAAGUUAGCAAUUCCCGUGAUUCGGAAUAGUUCGCCUGAACUGCAGUCCUUCAAAGCCAGGAUUGGAGCCGUCAGUUGUUUAGCAAGAAGAAACUACCAUACAGAUAUCCCCGAACCAGACUUCGAGGCGUACCGCAGUAAUAGUUCGAAACAGGCUAAUGUGUCACGGGAUAAAUUUGAUGCUAAACGGAAGGUGUAUUCGUACACCCUAGUUGGAGGAGCAUCAGCUGCCACUGUGUACAUGGGUAAAGAAAUAGUGCAGGAUCUGGUGGGGUACUUGGAUAUCAAUGAUGCUGCCCGAGCCUUGGCCAUUACUGAAAUCAAGCUGAAUGAUGUCCCUGUCGGCAAAAGUCUCCUCACCACCUGGAAGGGAAUGCCACUGUUUGUCCGUCACCGAACGGAAACCGAGAUCAAAGCGGAACAAGCGGUUGACCUUUUGUCCCUCCGUGACCCCCAGCACGAUUCUGACCGCUCGCUGACCCCUGAGUGGAUGAUCUUGGUUGGAGUGUGCACACAUUUAGGCUGUAUCCCUCUUCAGGACCAGGGAAGCUUUGCGGGAGGAAUGUACUGCCCCUGUCAUGGCUCCCACUACGACUCCUCCGGUCGCAUCAGGAAGGGACCUGCCCCCCUUAAUCUUACUGUCGCACCCCAUAAAAUUAAAGGAGAAUACUUAAUUGUGGGAUAAAGAAGAUUUAAGUAGAAGACAAUAUCUAUACAUGAGAUGUGAACAGAAAUGUGACAAAGUUUGAAAGUUCAAUACUGUAGCCUUUUGGACACCACUAGGCUCAAAUGUUUUCUCUUGUAACUCAUUAAAUUAUGUUGAUGAA